AUGCGACUUGCACGUAUUUCGGUCCUCAGAUCUGACGUGUAUAUGAGCGUACCGGUCCCUCCUACGCACGCUGCUUUGAAGUACCGGAAAUAUCUAGAUGUAUCUUGUGUGAUGUUAGUAAUAUUGUCCUUUGGGCAUUUGAUUUACGGAGAUGGUUGGGGUGCACUGUUGGAUAUCAUGUUCGCUCUCCUGGGUUAUGCGACGUUUCGGAGAUGGCUUCUAUCUGGUAUUGCAUUUUAUUCAUUCCUAUGCGCAUUCAAUUGCGGUAUCGACGUAGUGGCUACUAUCAAUGUCGGUAUGAGUAUCGAGGGUAUGGACCGAAAAACUCACGAUUCUCUGAAGCUUACGUCUGGGCUCGAGGCGGUCAUACUCGGCACAAUGGUCAUGGAUACCCUGGUUAUGGGAGCUUGCCUAGUAUUUUCUUGCAAAAUAUAUACAGAUCUCCGAGCGAACUUGUAUUCUCAACUGAUGAGUGGAGGUGGUACUGAUGCUACCGGUGCCUCUGCUUUCUUUUUGGGGGCUGAUGGUCAACAAGGAGGAGCGACACAACAACAACAACAGCCACUGGGCAUGCCCUUACUGCAGGAAGGGCAGCAGUCUGGUGGAAGGCAGCCUCAACAGGUCGCUAGGCAAUCUAUGGGUUACCAUCAGGAAGCACCACAGCCGUUCAUGCCGUUCCAAGGGCAGGCCCAUAAAUUGGACUAA